CACUUAAGACUAUUUCUCUCCGUCCUUUUCAAGUGCCGGCUUUUUGUACUAAAGUGUUGUCUCCUACCAAAUGGUAACAUUAUGAAUUCCAAAUUCUAUUCCAUUGUAGUUUUCAUCACCAAAGAAACUGAGAUCAAUGUGUGAGUUUUUUCUCUAGGUGUUAUAUUGUCCACCUUCCACCACAAAUCAUAUCCGAGUUCUUGAAAUUCUUGUUUUCUUCCUUUUUAAUGUUGUUAGCCAAAAUGAAUCCGAUUCCCAAUUGGGUAUUUGUUCUUUCGUUGUUCUUGCUUCUUAACAGAAUUGAAUCGGUUGAAAUCGAUGCUAUUGAUGCCUUAGUCGGGUUUUUCGAAAAUCUUUCCGGGAACUCUUCGAUUCUGAUUCCGGUCUCCGGUUGGAAUCUCACUUCCGAUCCUUGUGAAGCUAAAUGGACGGGAAUCAUUUGCCAUGAUCAAAUACCGUCUGUUAAGUCGAUCACUUUUGAUAGUUUCAAUCUCUCGGGAACUUUCAACCCGAGUUUUAUAUGCAAUAUUAAGUCUCUUGCCCUUUCUAUCGCUAUCAUUAGCAUCAAAAACAAUAAUCUACAUGGGGAAGAUUUCGAAUCAAUUGCUAAUUGCAAGGAACUCACUCACUUAUACAUAAGUGCAAACCAAUUCGUGGGUAACCUUCCGGAAACUCUUUCCCAAUUGAACAAUCUCAAAAGACUAGAGAUUUCAGAUAAUGGGUUCUCCGGGGAUUUACCGAAUUUACCCCGAAUAUCGGGCUUAAUCGAGAUUUUAGCCCAAAACAAUCAAUUCUCGGGGCCCAUACCCGAAUUUGAUUUCUCAAAUCUAGCAUCUUUUAAUGUAUCCAACAAUAAUUUCUCCGGCCCGGUCCCACCGGGGGGUGAUCGUUUUACCCCCGCUAGCUACUUUGGGAAUCUUGGAUUAUGUGGCGACCCGUUACCAAACAAAUGUGAAGUCCCAGGACCCACAAGCCCACAUGCGGCCCAAACUUCGGAUAACUCAAAAAAGAACGGGUCAAAUUCGACUGAAAUCUUGAUGUACUCGGGCUAUGCUCUCAUUGGUUUAGCCAUUUUGCUCUUGAUUAUGCUCAAGAUAUGUAAAAAGGGAAAAAAGAAGAAAGAAGAAUUGGUGGAAGAAGGUGAUAAUGAUAACUAUCGAUCAAAAGACGAAAAUACCCUUGAAUCUAUCGAAUUCAAAAGCAUUACAAUGAGUAAAUCCGAGGUUUUUGGUGGGAAUUCGAUAGAGAGUGGGCCAGUUUCUUCUUCUUUGAUUGUUCUCACGAGCCCGGAAGUUAACGGGUUGAAAUUUGAAGAGCUUUUGAAGGCACCCGCGGAGUUGUUGGGGAGAGGGAAACAUGGGAGUGUUUAUAAGGUGAAAUGUGAAGAACAAGGAAUGACUCUUGCGGUUAAAAGGAUUAAAGAUUGGUUGUUACCUUCGGAUGAUUUUAAGUUAAGAAUGAAAAGAUUGAAUCAUGUGAAGCAUCCGAAUGUGUUGCCGGUUGUUGCAUUUUAUUGUUCGCGACAAGAGAAGCUUAUGGUUUAUGAGUAUCAACCUAAUGGAAGUCUCUUUAAGCUCCUUCAUGGAAUGCCAAUGGGUCAAACAUUCGACUGGAGCAGCAGGCUCGGAGUUGCAUCCACCAUAGCCGACGCUUUAUCAUUCAUGCACGACGAGCUUCAUGCAGACAACAUCCCCUCACGGAAACCUAAAAUCCUCAAACAUUCUCUUCAACAACAACAUGGAAGCUUGCAUCAGCGAAUAUGGUCUAAUAUGCCGAUGGUGGAAAACAACGGGAUGGAUCUCGCGACGUGGGUGGUUUCGGUGGUCAAAGAAGAAUGGACGGUGGAGGUGUUUGAUCGAGCACUGAUUCGGGAAGGCGCGAGUGAAGAAAGGAUGGUGAAUUUGUUGCAGGUUGCAAUCAAAUGCGUUGACAAAUCGCCGGAAUCGAGGCUGAGCAUUAAUCAAGUUGCAGGUAUGAUUAAUAACAUCAAGGAAGAUGAUGAAAGAUCGAUUGAUGUUUCGGAGUCUCCCUUUGAUGCAAGGAAAUAA